AUGGCAGACACUGCUAAAAGCAGCGGUGUCAAGCAGGAUGCCGACCUGCGCCGAAGAAAUGUCCCCAAUACCACACAAUCUCAGUCAUACGGUGCCGAAGAAGAUAACAAGAAGCGAAAGCCUCGGUCCACUUCUUUCUUACAAGUUCUCGCCGAAUGGGAACCAAUCCUAGCCCCCAUCAUCCUCACAGCGCUUGCCCUGUUUACUCGCCUCUAUCGCAUCGGUCGUUCCAAUAUCGUGACCUGGGAUGAAGCCCAUUUUGGCAAGUUCGGCUCCCACUACCUGAAACGCGAAUUCUACUUCGAUGUCCACCCUCCUCUCGGAAAGAUGCUGGUCGGCCUCUCGGGCUACCUGGCUGGUUACAAUGGAUCCUUCGAGUUCAAGUCCGGUGAACAGUACCCCGAAGAUGUGGACUACACCUUUAUGCGCGCCUUCAACGCUUUGUUUGGUGCCGUCUGUGUUCCCCUCGCCUACUAUACCGCCCGCGAAUUGAAUUUCCGCAAGGCCACCGUCUGGUUGAUUGCCUUCAUGGUUCUGUUUGAGAACUCAUACGCUACAAUCUCCCGAUUCAUCCUCUUGGAUUCCAUGCUGCUGUGCUUCACCUUCACAACAACCUUGUGCUGGGCCCGAUUCCACCGUCUGCAAAAGGAGAGCUUCUCACUGCAGUGGUACGCUUGGCUAUGCUUGACUGGUUUCAGCAUUGGCUGUGUUUGCAGUGUCAAGUGGGUUGGUUUCUUCUGCACUGCAAUCGUUGGUCUGUACACUGUUGAGGAUCUAUGGAACAAGUUUGGUGAUGUGAAGAUGCCUCCGACCGUUCUGGCCAAGCAUCUCUUUGCCCGUAUCGGAGGUUUGAUCAUCAUUCCUCUGUUGGUUUACAUGGCAUCCUUCUAUGCCCACUUCCUGGUUCUUUCUAACAGUGGCCCUGGAGAUGCUCAAAUGAGCUCUCUUUUCCAAGCUAACCUGCGAGGAACCGAGGUCGGAAGGGAUAGUCCUCUCGAGGUUGCCCUGGGCUCUCGCGUGACUCUGAAGAAUAUGGGUUACGGUGGUGGUCUUCUGCAUUCCCAUGUGCAGACAUACCCCGAAGGUUCCAACCAGCAGCAGGUUACCUGCUACCACCACAAAGAUGCUAACAAUGACUGGUUCAUUUACCCCAACCGCCAAGAGCCUGAGUACGAUGCCGAGGCCGAUCUGAGAUUCAUUGGAGAUGGCGAUACUAUCCGCCUUAUUCACGGCUCAACCGGUCGUAACUUGCACUCCCACGCUAUUGCCGCCCCAGUCUCCAAGUCGCACAACGAGGUCUCUUGCUAUGGUAACAUCACCAUCGGAGACGAGAAGGAUCACUGGAAGAUUGAGGUUGUUGAUGAUGCCGCAUCUCGCGAUCACUCAAGAAUCCGAACUCUGACAACUGCCUUCCGUCUUCGCCAUCCUGUUCUGGGCUGCUACUUGCGCGCUGGAAAUGUCAACCUCCCUCAAUGGGGUUUCAAGCAGAUUGAAACCACCUGUGUCAAGGAGAACAAGGCCAGUGAUGUGUACACACACUGGAACGUUGAGUCGCACACUAAUGAGCGCUUGCCUCCUGGUGACCCUGGCUCUUAUAAGUCGCCUUUCUGGAAGGAUUUCAUCCACCUGAACGUGGCCAUGAUGACAUCGAACAACGCCCUGGUUCCUGACCCAGACAAGCAAGAUGACCUCGCCUCAGCUUUCUGGCAGUGGCCUAUCUUGAAUGUCGGUCUGCGCAUGUGCUCCUGGGAUGAUAAUGUCAUCAAGUACUUCCUCCUCGGAAACCCUCUCGUUUACUGGGGCAGUACUGCCGGUCUUGGUGCCUUUGGCUUGUUGUUCGUGUGGUACCUUCUGCGCUGGCAAAGAGGCUACAAGGAUCUCAGCCAAGCUGACAUUGACCACAUCCACUACUCCGGCUUGUAUCCCCUCAUUGGAUGGGUUCUGCACUACUUGCCUUUCAUCAUCAUGGCUCGUGUGACUUACGUCCACCACUACUACCCAGCUCUCUACUACGCCAUUAUCUGCUUUGGUUUCUGUGUUGACUGGGUUGGCCGCAGCCUGAACACUCGACUCGCUGUUGUACUUUACGCUAUUCUCUACGCAGUCAUUAUUGGACUGUUCAUCCACUUCCGUGCCAUUGUAUUUGGCAUGGAGGGUCCUAACCAGCAAUGGUCUCACUUGCGCUGGUUGCCUGGAUGGCGACUUUCGAAUUAA